AAUCGCCCUUUUUCCCUUUUUCUUUUGACACUUAUUUUAUAUCUCCUCCCACUUGUGCUAGCCUUGGCUUAUUAAGAGCCUCAUUACCUGCGCUCAGACACAACCCAACCCAUCUUUAGCCUAGGUUUCUCUGUUCCAAAUCUUGUUCCAGACAUGGCAGGGAAGAGAAAUAACCAAACCAGUCCUGUGGGAAGCCCAACUUCUGGGAACAUCUCAGACAGCUCUUCCAAAGAACAAGACAGGUUCCUCCCCAUCGCCAACGUUAGCCGUAUCAUGAAAAGGGCACUUCCAGCUAAUGCCAAAAUCUCCAAGGAAGCGAAAGAGACAGUUCAGGAAUGUGUGUCUGAGUUCAUAAGCUUCAUCACGGGUGAAGCAUCCGACAAGUGCCAGAGAGAGAAGAGGAAGACAAUCAACGGCGACGAUCUUCUGUGGGCUAUGACAACGUUGGGGUUCGAGAACUAUGUUGGACCCUUGAAGGUGUACCUCAACAACUACAGGGAAACAGAGGGAGACAAGAGUUGUGUUGGUACCAGGCAAGAAGAUCAGGCUCAGGCAGAAACAAAUGACGGGGUCGCCGAGCUCAACAGGCUGGCUAAUUCUGUGUCAGCUAAAUCAGAUCUUGCCGGUUUUAAUGGUGCGUUUUACUCUGUUAUGCCUGAGGUUGCUCCAAAGAGCUUUGCAGAGAUAGGAGGGCUCACUGGCUUCAGAGAGAACCCCAUGAGCAUAGCUAUUGCCCAGAAUGCAGUUCAUAACGACGCAGAUGGAAACCUGCGUUACAGGGUUGAAUGGUAGAGUCUCUACCGUAGAGAUGUGAUGGAAAGAACUAAGAAUUUAUAACUCUUAUUGCUGAUUAAGCUGCGCAGGGGACGAAUCACUUUAUGUUUGCUUGAAAGCCUCUAGUUACAUAUAUGCUUUUAAUUUGAAAGAUAAGUCAACAGAUUAGGAUUUUGUAUCCUUGUACCUCAAGGAAAAAAAGGUAAAUUAACUAGCUACUGAAAUAAUGCAUCUAAGAUUGGCGCUCU